AUGCCUAAUAUACUUAGUUUAACCUGUAUCUGUUUUAAUUGUGUUCUUUAUCCGACUAGUUUUUUCUUGCUAACUACCCGAAGCUUAUGCCAUUUUCACCCAAUCGUGGAUUUUAUGCCUGUCAUACCUCUAUUCUUUUUUCUAUUAGCCUUUGUUUGGCAAGCUGCUGUAAGUUUUCGAUGA